CAGCGAACACUACGGGAAUUUUCGUUUGGAAGGGCGUAUCAAUCGCGGAGAGCCGCAGCAUUUCGCCUCAUGUGACAAUUCGCGGCUCAGCGCUCAGUGUUCUAAAUUCGAAGUCUCUGUGAACAUAAAACAAAGGAUUCACAUAGGAUCUCAUGAGCAUUGCACUAGAAGCCUUCCUUCCUUACUCACAGUUUUUACCAGCGAAACAAAAGUAAGAUCCAGCAAUGUCUGCAACGAAUGACACCAACAGAACCACCACCAACGGUCAUCGUAUCAAUUCACCAAUCCCUCCACCUAUUCCCAAAUCCUCCUACAAGAUUGCCUCCAUCCCUGGAGACGGAAUCGGCCCAGAGGUCAUUGCCGCCGCGGUCGAAAUUUUACAAGCCCUCACCAAGAAACUCUCGACGUUUGAACUUGAGUUCACAGAGUUUGAUUGGGGCACAGAGAGGUUUCUGAAGACAGGAAGGUAUACGCCCGAGGACUAUCUGGAGGUUUUGCGGGAGUUCGAUGCGAUUCUGUUCGGCUCAGUCGGCUCUCCCUCCGUACCAGAUCACAUCUCACUGUGGGGGCUUCGUCUCGCUAUCUGCCAACCAUUACAACAAUAUGCCAACGUCCGCCCAACAAGAAUUCUCCCUGGAACCAAAUCCCCUCUUGCAAACUGUCAACCUGGGGACUUGGAUUGGGUGAUUGUAAGAGAGAACAGUGAAGGGGAGUAUGCUGGGCAGGGAGGAAGAUCACAUGUGGGGUGCGAUCAUGAAGUUGCUACUGAACUCUCCAUCUUCACCAGAACCGGGGUCAGGCGCAUCGCACACUUUGCAUUCAACGUCGCCCAGAAUCGUCCUCGAAAAAUGCUUACCUACGUCACGAAAAGCAACGCUCAACGAAACGGGAUGGUGAUGUGGGACGAAGUUGUCCAGGAAGUUGCGAAAGAUUAUCCAGAUGUAUCUGUCGAUCAUAUGUUGGUCGACGCAAUGACAGUUCGCAUGGUCCUCAACCCUCGCUCUCUCGACACCAUUCUUGCCACCAAUCUUCACGCGGACAUCCUCUCCGACCUGGCUGCUGCGUUAGCAGGAUCGAUAGGUAUCGCACCGACUGCAAAUCUCGAUCCUACGCGUAAGAAUCCAUCGAUGUUUGAACCCAUCCAUGGCUCUGCCUUUGAUAUCACUGGUCUCGGCCUUGCUAACCCAGUAGCAACUUUCUGGACUGCGUCGGAGAUGCUUCAUUGGCUUGGGGAAUCUGAAGCGGCAAUUAACUUGAUGGACGCUGUGGAAAAGACCUGUGCAGCGGGUAUUGUUACAAAGGAUUUGGGUGGGAAAGCGGGGACGAAGCAGGUUACGGAGGCUGUUCUAGGAGAAAUCCUCAAGUUGUAAUUGUCGUGUGCA